AUGGCCGGAGCCGGCGCCUGGAAGCGCCUCAAAUCUCUGCUGAGGAGGGAUGAUGCGCCGCUGUUUUUAAAUGACACCAGCGCCUUUGACUUCUCAGACGAGGUGGGGGAGGAGGGGCUUUCUCGCUUUAACAAACUUCGAGUGGUGACGGAUGAUGGUUCCGAGACCCCAGACAGGCCUGUCAACGGGGCGCUGCAGGCCGACGACGACUCCUUAUUGGACCAGGAUUUACCUCUGACCAACAGUCAGCUGAGUUUGAAGGUGGACCCCUGCGACAACUGCAGCAAGCAGAGAGAGGUGCGGAAGCAGAGAAAGGUGAAGACCCGAUUGGCCAUUGCUGCCAUUCUUUACUUGCUUUUCAUGAUUGGAGAACUUGUAGGUGAGUUUCUUCUUUCGUCCUUAGUCAUUUUUAUCAUAGCAGUGCAUUUUCUGGCAGAUUUGGCUGCAUAUAUAAUAACCAUGUUACAAAUGUAUUUCUUUUAUGUCUUUUUCUCUCCAGAGGUGUUGUCAGCCAUGAUUAGUGUGCUACUGGUAUAUAUACUUAUGGGAUUCCUCUUAUAUGAAGCUGUGCAAAGAACUAUCCAUAUGGACUAUGAAAUAAAUGGAGAUAUAAUGCUCAUUACUGCAGCUGUUGGAGUUGCAGUUAAUAUAAUAAUGGGCUUUUUGUUGAAGCAGUCUGGUCACCACCACUCUCAUUCCCAUUGUGCAUCUUCUAAUUCUCCUAUCGCUGGUUCUGGGCAUGGACACAGCCAUGGACAGGAUAGUCUGGCAGUGAGAGCAGCAUUUGUACAUGCCUUAGGGGAUUUGGUACAGAGUGUCGGGGUGCUAAUAGCUGCAUACAUCAUACGAUUUAAGCCAGAAUACAAGAUUGCUGAUCCCAUCUGUACAUAUGUAUUUUCAUUACUUGUCGCUUUUACAACAUUUCGCAUUAUAUGGGACACAAUUGUUAUAAUAUUGGAAGGUGUACCAAGCCAUUUGAAUGUAGACAGUAUCAAAGAAGCCUUGAUGAAAAUAGAAGAUGUUUAUUCAGUGGAAGAUUUAAAUAUCUGGUCUCUCACAUCAGGAAAAUCUACUGCCAUAGUUCAUAUACAGCUAAUUCCUGGAAGUUCUUCUAAAUGGGAAGAAGUACAGUCCAAAGCAAAACAUUUAUUAUUGACCACGUUUGGCAUGUAUAAAUGUACUGUUGAACUUCAGAGUUACAGACAUGAAGUGAUCAGAACUUGCACAAAUUGUCAGAGUUUCAUUUCCUAA